AUGUCUGCCCCCGGGCCUCUCCACCCGCUUGGCACCAUGCUGCAGGAGGUGCUCAAUGAAACCGGCCGCACGCUGGAGAAGGAGGGCUGCUCCAAGGGCCUCGGCGAGUGGGUAGUGCGCAUCGUCAAGGGCAUCCCGGAGGGUCCGCACGUCGCCGCGCAGUUCGUUGAGAAGUUGGUGGCCACCUUACCGGGCUUCGCCGACAAGGCCACCUACAAGGACAAGGAGGUGCUCAUCCUCAAGAAGGCCCAACUGCUGGCUGCCGACCUCUACCGUCACAUGCGGGAGCCGCGGUUCGACUUCGCGGACAUCCACGACGUUACCGUGUUUGCUGACAACGUUCUCCCAGCAGUGCUGAGGAAGCUGGGCGUGCUGGAGCUGAGCGAGUCACUGAGCACAAAGAUGGACGCCAAUGAGGACCUGCCUAGGGGCGACAGCGAGGUAGAGCUCAGGUGCGUGGCGAUCGCCGCGUGCGAUGAGAUCGUCGAGACCUGGAAGCGCGAGCGGCAGGCCGCUUCGGAGGGUGUGGAGCUCAACUCGAUGAAGCUCGACUUCUACCUGUGGGCCAAGGGCAAGGAGGAGGGCUUCCGGUCCAUCGCCCGGCACGCCACCAAGGACACCUUCUACUACUAA